AUGCGCUUAGCUACAGCUAUAAGAUUUAAUAAACUUUCACAAGCGUAUGAAGGUUUUAACGAACUCACGAAGCAUGAGCAAGAACCAGAAGGAGUGCCUAUUCACAUUAAUGUGAUUAAAGAAAUUAAAGCUGGAAGUAUUAUUUUAGAAAAAUUCAUGCUAAACCAGCUUCAGUCCCGAAGCGCAAGCGACGUCAUUUUUAAAUGUUUAUUAGGCUCAAAUUCAGGAGAAGACUAUUUAGAGCAACGUCUUGAAAUCCUUGAACACCUCGUUACAAAGCUAGGAUUUGAGGAAUAUCCAAUAAUUCCAGCUAAUGCUGAGCUGAUUAUAACAAGAAUCAUUAGUACCGAAUCAAUUUCUGUUAGAAAUCACCUUCUACUAAUAAAGUUUUUAAGCAGCCCUGAGGUAUUAGAGCUUCUUUUUGACAACCUUAAAACCUGCACAAAUUUUAAACCUUCUGCAAAGGUUCUAAAAUUUUUGAUAAUGAAAAAUAAAGAGCUUCAAACGGUAGGAGAAACAUUGAUAAGUGCGUCUGGAGUCAGUAUUUUAGAAACGUAUGCAGAGAACCUUGAUGUAAUUGUUCAUAUUUUGCGAAAUAAUAAAAAUGAAAAUGUCAAAAACCAAGCGGGCCUCUAUGCGCAACCAAUUGGUGAAGGAAGAAUUUUAUUAAUGGAGACUCUGAAUCUCUUAAUAAGUUUUGAAAACAAUACCUUAUGCGAUAUAAUCGCUGAAUCAGGAGCAGCUGAAGCUUUGACAGAAUUAUUUGACUAUAAUGACUGAAAUAGCAUAUUUCAUUGCACUUAACCUUAAACUUAGUUAGAUUUUUAAAAACUCCCUGUCGGGAUCCCAAGAUCCUUAUUCCUUUCAUAACGCUCCACUUUGUCUGCUUAACCGAUAAUUGUAUCACAACCUACAAAAUCUUGCUCCUACCAGACAUAGGCCUGCACAUGCUCCCUGCUAGUCUGAAGCUUUGGAUCACCGUGCCAUAUGCCAACUGGGUUUGGCUUCUAGAAAAUUCGAAAAACAAAUUUACGGUCACCUGCCGGCAAGUUGAAAAUUCGUAGUCUAAGACACAAGGCCUGGUACCGCUCUGGGGAAUGUUCCCGAUCGACCAGGAGGGACCUUAUUAGUAUUGCAGGGACAUCCCUUUCCAACCCAGGACUCCAUCUUCCUCCGAGGUAAAACCUUGGCCAGGAAUGAGGUGCGGUCCUCAAGCCCGGACAUUGCACUCUACCAAGCCAAGCAAAACCUGGCCAGAUACACAUUCCUAAACAAUAUCCUCCCUUCCACAAGGUCCCUGGGUCUCCUCAACUACAGGUGUUAGGAGGUUGGGUUGGUUACCCACGUCAUUUUUAUGUAUAUGCAUAUUCAUUGCACUUACCUAAAUUUUGUUAAAAUUAUCCUUUUAAGCGACUCUCUCAAGCUUAAAGAAGCUUUAAUUUUGCAAGCUGGACUUCCCAAAAUUUUAAUGAAGCACGGAUAUCAUCCAAUAGCUAAAUUAAAUCCAGAUAUAAGAAAGGGAAAAAUGGGCCAUAUACAUAAGCUUGCAAAUUUAUUAGUCAGAUACGAAAUUUUUGACCUAUGUCAAAUAAACAGUAGAGAUCUUGAAGACUGGAAAAGUUUCAUAAAGGCCAAAAUUGUAAAGCAGAAUGAAAUAGAAGCAAGAGAACUCGGCGAGAAUAAUAGCACAUAUAAUGACAGCACAAGUGAUGAAGAACCAAAUCCUGAUUUACAGAUUAAUGAUAAAAUUGAAGCAAAAGUACUAGAAGACGAGCCAGAAUCUGAGGAUUUUAAAGAUGAUGCAAAACCAGAAACUAAUGCUGUUGCUGCUCAACCUGUGCAAGCAUUUGAUAAAGAGUAUGGCUAUUAUGAUUCUGCAUUUUGGAGAAUUCCUGUGAUGUUUGCAGAUGUUGAAGCAAUAGAUUAA